GCACCGUAGUGUGCACAGCACUGAGACGUCCUUCACCUGCAGGGACUGCGGCAAGAAAUUCAAAUGUAGCGUCCGUCUCACCGUCCAUUGCCACAUCCACACCAGAGAGCAUCUGUUCCCCUGUGCUGAGUGUGGCAAGAGUUUCACCACGAGCACUCAAUUCAUCCAGCACCAACUCAUCCACAGUGGUGAGAAGCCCUACAGCUGUGCUGACAGUGGCAAGAGCUUCAGCUGCAGGGACCAACUCAUUCCUCACCACCGCACCCACACCGGUGAGAAGUCUUUCACGUAUGCUGACUGUGGCAAGAGCUUCACCCAGAAGGGCAACCUCAACAGGCACCGCUGCACCCACAACUGUGAGCAGCCUGCGCUGGAGGGGAGGCAGAAAUCCACCUACAAUCUCUUGG